AUGGACUACGGCCUGAUCAAGCCGCACUAUGUCCGCGCCAGCCCCUCGCACCAUGGCGCUCCCUCCUUCUCGUUCAUCGAGUAUGAGAACGGGAGCGGGGAGAUCGUGCACGGUCGCGUGCACCUUCUCCUGACGCUGAUGAUGAACACCGAGGAUGCACACCCCGCGGGAGAGGCCGUGGCAUUUGUGAGGCAGUGGUACCCCUUCCAGGUGGACGAAGGCACUGGCUGCAUGAGGAUGCGGCCCUCCGACAACAAUCUGAGCUACGAUCUCGUGCCGGUCAUAGCCAUGAAGAGGACCGUGCACAUGGUGGAGUCGUUUGUGACUCCUCGACUCUGGUAUCUGAACAGGUGGGCGGGCCGCUGCCGCGAGGAGUUGACCUAA